UCUGAAAUCUUGAUUUUUUUUUUUUUCCAUAUCUAUCAAAAUCCGUGAUCCUCACGUUUCCAUGCUACAAAACCACUUAAAAACCGUACCUUUCCCCACCACUCAUGGACAAAAAUGGUUCAUGGAUUAAUGAAAACCUCCACGAAGCUACUAAACAUCUGCAUCGAUUCCCUCUGCAAAUCUCGAAACUUGCAGAAAGCAGAAUCAUUACUCAUAGACGGAAUCAGACUAGGUGUCCUCCCCAACGUCAUCACUUACAACUCCUUAAUCAACGGCUACUCUCGUUUCGUCGGCAUCGACGAAGCUUACGCCGUAACACAUCGUAUGAGAGAAGCCGGAAUCAAACCAGACGUCUCUACAUACAAUUCCCUCAUCUCUGGAGCUGCGAAACAGCUAUUGCUAACUCGCGCCCACCAACUGUUCGACGAAAUGCUUCGCUCAGGUUUAUCUCCAGAUAUGCGGAGUUACAACACUCUCAUGUCUCUCUACUUCAAGCUAGGGAGACACGGAGACGCGUUUCGGAUUCUGAACGAGGAUGUUCACCUCGCUGGGCUGUCUCCUCGUGUUGACACUUACAACAUUCUUCUCGACGCGCUUUGCAAGAGUGGGCAUAUAGAUAAUGCUGUUGAGCUCUUUAAGUACAUAAAGAGCCGGGUUAAGCCCGAGCUCAUGACUUACAACAUUCUCAUCAACGGUCUUUGUAGAUCAAGAAGAGUUAGCUCCGCGAAUUGGAUGCUGAGGGAGCUCGAGAGAGCCGGGUACACUCCUAAUGCUGUUACGUACACGACGAUGCUAAAAAUGUAUUUUAAGACGAAGAUGAUUGAAAAGGGGCUGAAGCUGUUCUUGAAGAUGAAGAAGGAAGGGUAUACGUUUGACGGGUACGCGAGCUGUGCAGUUGUUAGUGCUUUGAUUAAGACCGGGAGAGCAGAGGAAGCGUAUCAGUGUAUGCAUGAGCUGGUGAGAAGCGGUAGACGGAGUGGAGAUAUUGUUUCUUACAACACGUUGUUGAAUCUUUAUUUUAAAGAUGGGAACUUGGAUGCAGUGGAUGAUCUGUUGGAAGAGAUUGAGCGGAAAGGAUUGAAGCCUGAUGACUACACGCACACGAUUAUCGUCAAUGGUUUGUUGAGUAUAGGACAUACUGGAGGAGCUGAGAAGCAUUUGGCUUGUUUGGGAGAGAUGGGGAUGCAGCCUAGUGUCGUCACUUGUAACUGUUUGAUCGAUGGGUUGUGCAAAGCGGGUCAUGUAGACCGUGCCAUGAGGUUGUUUUCGUCGAUGGAGAUUAGAGAUGAGUUUACUUACACUUCUGUUGUGCAUAAUCUAUGCAAAGAUGGACGGCUUGUGUGCGCUUCGAAGCUGUUAUUGUUGUUUUACAAUAAAGGAAUGAAGAUUCCGUCAUCGGCUAGACGAGCUGUGUUGUCGGGUUUGCGGAUGACGGUAUCUUACCAGGCAGCGAGGAAGACGCAUCACAAAUUUAAAGCGGCUAUAAAGAGCAAUGCAAUAGCGGAUCCUUAAGACACUGAAAGGUACUAUAGAGAUUAGAGGAAAGUUCUUGAUCUAUUUAUACUAGAUUCUAGUUGAGAUUUGAGAAGUCACUCUUGGAGCUAGAGAGUCUUCUUUCGUCUGCAUCAAUGGAGUCCUAUCUUCAGACAUCUCAAGUUAUAGUGUAAACGUCUGAUUAAUUAGUUUUUUCAUAUCAACAUGUGGUGAAAAGUAUGUAAAGAUUCUUGUUUCGUCCUUACGUAAAGAUUCUUGUUUUUUCUCUCUUGUAAAUAUAACUAUUGGGUGGAUUUUGGCUGGAGAGAUGUAUUAGCUUAGGAUUGGUUUGAUUGAAAGAGAUAGCUUCUGUACAAGAUUCUAGCUAUGAACAGUUCAUAAACUCUA